AUGUGGGAAUACGGCCUGAGCAACUACCCGUUCGUGCCUGUGGAGGUAGGUCUUAACCGACGCAUCAGCUAUACCCUUCCCAGUCGCAUCCCACAGCACUGUGUCCGACUCUUGAAUGCAUCAGCGGCGCGUGAGCAUUGGGAGUGCACAGGACUGCCAGAACUGCUCGUGCGCAACACGGCGAGCUACCCAUUCCACUUGCCCAACACCCGGCUGAAGUGGCAGGGCAACGUCCGCUCCGCCGACAAGAUGUAUCUGCCAAAGAUCCGUGCGUCGCGAGAUGCGAGUCAAUUUCUGAAACGCUUCAAGGACAGCGGCAUCCCGCACGACGUGUUGGCAGAGCUCCUCUUGGAGGAAAACAGACUCCAGGAAAGCAACCGCGCGCUUCGCUCCGACCGACAGGGCAAUGCACUCCGCGCCACCACAUGGAACGACCACCAACUCUUGUUCUACCCCACGGGCGAACUGCUCCACCAACUACAAGUCAAGCGCAGACGAGGAGAAACGUGGCACUCAGCAUGCGACCAGCCCAUCAGCCUUGUGAAUCCCAUCCAACAGAUCGACCUUCUCGGCACCAUCGACGCAGGAACCGUUCCUCGAGCGGUCGUCCGCGGCGCCGCGUCCUGCCACGUCAUCACAUUCCACGACGACUUUUCCCGCCACAAGGUCGACGCGAUCACGUUUCCAUCCAUGCUGCAUCACAUCGCCCCCAGUCCGCACGUCCAUGCAGAAUUCUCAUCCUUGUCGUCAAGUGGCGAGUUGUACUCGUGGACGCCCGAGGCCGGCGCGCGAGUCGUGGGGCAUGCGACGCCGCAGCAGCGCUGGCUUCGCUGUGCCUACAGCAGCCAUCCGUGUGUGCUGUGGAUGGCGAACCGGCACGCCGUGGGAAGUUAUGACUAUCGCGUGCCCGCGCCGGAAGGGUUCAACUGCGACUGGCUCGUCGACUACCUUCCGACCCCCACCGAGAUUGUCGACAUCCAACGGCAUCCCAGCUGUCCAUUUCAACUGGUCGUGCGCACAGACAACUCUGUGGACAUAGUGGACAUGCGCAGUCCGCACAAGUCGAUCAUGCAAUGGCAGCACCCAGACCUCUUCUUCCCGUCCACCGCCUCCUCCAAGCAGCCUCAUGUCGUCGGUACCCUCAAUAUCCUCGAUAUUUCCACUCCACAUCAAGACAGAGCCAUGGUGAUUUCCGGCUCGUCUGGCACCAACAAGGUGUCUGUGCACUGGUACCACGGCCACGCAUCCCACGACCCGUCGAUGCUGUCGUUGCGACGAAGCGGGUCGUCGGCCAGCCAACUCGCGGCCGCCGACGCCGCCUUUGACAUCCACCUGCCCGACCCGACACCAUCGAUCCACCAGAUUGGCGUGAGUGCGCUGCGCACCGCCGACGGCGUCUGCGAUCUGUUUCAACUGACAUCACUGGGGGACGUCUACUGCCAAUCCAUCGUCCACCACGCCCACACGACGCUGCACAUGCAGACCAACUUGCCUUGCGGGCGAACUCUGGCGAGUCGUCGAGUCGACAUUAUGCCAGUACCCGCCCAAGCGUUUCUACCCGAACACGAUGCGGCGUCGCUGCCUCCGUUCCGUCUGCUCCCCGUUCGUAAACUCCACCGCGUCCUCGUCCAAUCAAAUUCCUCCGUCCUUCCCCUCCUUCCCCCCGACGACCCGUUGGAGGACCUCCCCCACCGACUCGCCGCCGUCGCAACCCCGUCCAUGACACUGCUCGGCCUCAUGCACACAUACCGCCAUGUCCGACCAACCUACGGCCAACUGGGGGAAGCCGUCCGCGCCCUUGCUCAUGUGACGUUGCGGUUCGCAACGCCCCACUCCCGCUCCCAAUACCAUACCCUUCGACGAGUCAGCACCGCCGCCGACCCGUCGUUGAGGAUGGCGUCAUGUGGAUGCCACUCCCCACUGACGACGUACCUCUCGACGUCCUCGUCCCCCCCGCCGCCGCUGCCCUGCGAACACGCCCAAUGUCCACUGCCACACUUGUGGGUGAUCCACCACACUCCCCCAGACCAACGACAUUCAAUUCCUCCAUUGACCAACCAGCCCCUCCAGUACGACCCAGCCGCCAUCGCCACCUCGUCGCAUGCCCAAAUCAUCGUCGACUUGGAAGCUGUGUACGGACGCUCGACGGACGCCCUGCCGCAAAGUCCUCGCCGGGUCCAACACCAGCAAAAGCACAUGACGACGUUGUCGUGGUGAUCAUCCCCCGUAGUAUUACUAGUAGUAUUCCUUUAGUACCUUCACCCAGGGCUUGGUAAUCGAGGAAUAAGCCCGACAUCAGAGGAAUGUGUGUCAGGGCAUUUCGUGCU